GCGUCGCUGCUGACCCUGGCGCAGGCCAGCGUCGGCCAGGUGCCACCUGAUUCUGUGCAGUGCUGGCGCGGGCUAGGCCUGCCCGACUCUGGCGGAUCUGUCGUCAAGGAACGUACCAAGGAGUUUGCGAGAUACCAGGACGACUGCCGCCGCGAGAAUGGUGCGCGGCACUUGCGCCAGGUCCUGCGCCUCCGGGAGCGUGCAGAGCGGCGGCGGGCCGACGCGGCCCGGUCGAAAGCGUUGCCGCCCGAAGCCGAGCUGCACCCGACGGAUUCUGAGAGCCUGCCGCUCUUCGGGAGGAGGCGGCCCGUGCAGGCAGGCACGUGGAGCGCCAGCGGGGCGCGCGAGCUGUGGGAGGGGCUGCAGUCCGAGCGGGAGGACGCAGACCACCCGACCGCGGCGGGCACGCCGCAGGCCCCGGGGUCCCCCGGCCAGCCCUCGCCGGUGGGCGUGGCCGUUGUGGGCGCGGCGGGCCGACCGGUUCGGCGGGCCAACUCGCCGCGCUCGCCCAGGAGCUGGCAGCCGGACAGGUGGGCAAAGGAGCAGAAGGCACAGGCCGACGCAGCGAGGCAGAGAGACCAGAUGAGCAGCCGCCUCGCCAAGCGGCUCGGCCUCGCAAAGCUCCGGCUGCAGAGCCGCCUGUUGGACUUCCGGGACCUGCCGGCCACCGAGCGGGAGCGCGCGCAGCGCGCCUUCUAUGUGGGCGCGUCGGAGGGCGAAGGCGGCUCGAAGCUGAAUGAGGGGGGACUCUGCGUGGCGCUGGCGGACAUGGGCCUGCGCGGCGCCAGCCCCAAGGAGAGAGCCGCGGUGAGAUUGGUGGUGGAUGCGUUCGUGCAGCAGGCUAGCGGCCCCGGCAUGAUGGACUUCGUGCUCAACGUGGUGCCCCAGGUCCGCGAGGCCCUGGGGACGGCGCGGUCUGUCCAGCUAACCCAGAUCUUUACGAAGCACGACUCGCGGCAUCUCGAUUUGCUCACGCAGCAGCAGUGCUUGCAGGCGCUGGAGAUGGUGUUGGAGGACUUCGCUGGGGACGCAGACUCUGUGGAGGCUGAGAAGAGCUUCUGGGAGACCUUCGUGUGCGUAGUGCCCGACAUCGUGGAGCGCACGCUGAAAAAGCUCGCUGUCAGAGAGGUCGACCUUGUUGCAUUCAGGUCGAUCGUGUCCGAGAUGGACCAACGCCGCGGCGAGUUCCACUACGAGUUCGAGAGGCACGAGGCCAGGGUCGCUGGCCUCGACGAGACCCUGGAGGCGCGCCACUUCGGGGAGAUCGGCCGCUUGCGGCGCAUCUUCAUGGACCACCGCAACCCCGAAGAUGAGGAGGAGCCCGUGCUGCACGUCUCGAGGGCCCUGGCCGCGCUCACGAAUAGCGGAGUGCUACCAGGCGUCGGGCAAUUGCCAGAGGCUACGAGGAGCGCCCUUCGGCAGAAGGCGGACGGAUGGCGGCAGGGCCAGGCGUUGGCGAUUCAGCUGGGGAGGAGGAGGUCUUCGACGUCGGAGAGCGAGGAGCGCAUAAGCUUUCACGAUUUCCUGACAACCAUUGCCGAGGUGCGAAAGGCUGAGGCCACCACCUCCAGGAGGGUGCUGCUGAGGGCGAUGAGGGGGAGCGCCUUGGCGCGGGACCAGCCCGUUCCCCUGGAGUCUGUGGUGGGCCUGCUGGUGCAGGCCGGCCUCUGUGUUGAGAGCUGCUCCACGGUCGGGGAGGUGGCCGCGGCAGUAUGGGAUUGCAACCGCGAGGGCCUCGACGGCUUCUCUGUCAGGAAGCUGCUCCGGCUGCUGGCGCGGGUGCUGGAGCGCACGCGGUCCAGAGCCCGGCUCCGCGAGGAAGUCGUGAGGCAGCGGGUAGGCCUCAGCCACCACGAGGUGAUGGAGCUCCGCGGGUGGUGGGGGAGGCUGACGCUCAACGGCGUGGGGGUCGUCCCGGACGUCCGCAAGGCGCUGGAGCAGCUGGACCCCCAGACCAGCCCGAGCGACUCCGAGAUCGAGCGGAUGAUCUUGGAGCUGCAGCCCCCGCCCGAGUCCCAGCCGCUGCCCAUCGCGAAGCGGCACACGUCGGCGGACCCGCAGAGGCCGAAUCUCUCGCUCGAGGCGCUGACCCUGGCGUCGCGCGAGGUGCAGCUCGAGACCGCCACGGCGCGGGUGGUGCAGCGCGAGGCUCAGGUGCUGGAAGAAGCUCGUGUGUUGGAGGCUGCCGACCGCCACCGGGUGCCUCACCCGGACUCCGAUUGGGACUCUUCCAGCUCUGGCUUCUCGGACGCAGAGGAGCAUGACAGGGCGGAGGGUGGCGCAGAGGCGGAGGAGGGCCGCUGCAGCAGCCAGGCCUCUCCCGCGACGCCCGGGCGCCAGGCGGUCAUGCGUUUCGAGGGUUUCCUCUUGUUGGUGGCGGGCGUGAUGGGCCUGCCACGGACGGAAGAGUGA